ACUUUGUUGUGUGUAACUGAAUUAAGUUCACCGAAUCAGUUGUGUUGCCGCCUUUAUCGGACAAGGCAAUGUUAUUUGUGAUUAUUAUAUGUGUGCAAGUGCUCUCUGUUUUCGGAGAGUCACCCCGAGUGACUGUGAAACAAGGCACUCUAGUCGGGAGUAAGACCAAAACUUAUUCGGGCUAUGAAUACUAUGAGUUCUUACAAAUACCGUAUGCAAAAGCCCCCAUUGGCGAAUUUAGGUUCAAGAGUCCACAACCACCAGAGUCUUGGGAACACGAAAGAGAUGCUACUUCAGUAAAUCCGAAUAAUGUUUGUUUUCAAUUCGAUAUUUUCCUCAACGCUUCAAGAGGUAGUGAAGAUUGUCUGUAUCUCAAUGUUUUUACACCAAAACUGCCAUCUUGUGAUAAACUUCUUCCAACCAUGGUGUCCAUACACGGAGGAGGUUUUGUCUUGGGAAAUGGGAUAAUUAAGACAGGAAAUGGACCAGACUUUCUUAUUGAACAUGAUGUUGUCGUUGUAUUUAUAAACUAUAGACUAGGGGCUUUCGGAUUUUUAUCUUUAGAUAUACCGGAAGCUGCUGGUAACAUGGGACUGAAGGAUCAAGUGAUGGCUCUUAAGUGGGUCCAAGAAAACAUUCAACAAUUUUGUGGUAAUAAAGACAGCGUAACAAUAUUUGGAAUAAGCGCCGGAUCUGCGUCAGUUGAAUAUUUACAAUUGUCACCUUCGUCUAGAGGAUUAUUUCAACAGGCAAUAUUACAAUCUGGAUCCAGUCUCAAUCACUGGGCCAUUGAAUAUGACAUCAAAGAACUUGGAUUCAAAAUGGCAAACGACCUUGGAUAUAAUGGAACUAAAGGAGACCACAGGGCCAUUUACAAUUUUAUAUUUGGUAAAUCAUUCGAAGAACUGAGUGACGUGGUAUUAAAAUAUUCAAAAUCCUCGAAUUUCAAGGGAACAAAAUUUGGUUUUGUACCAUCCAUUGAAAAGGACUUCGGCAAUGGAGACGCUUUUCUAACUGAAUAUCCUUACCAGAUAUUAAAAGAAGGAAAAUUUAACAAGGUACCGGUGAUUAGAGGAUUUUGUGAAUUCGAAGGCUACUUAACUGCCGGCGAAAAACCAUCGGAUCUGGUAGAAAUUCGGCAGAAGAAGAACUUCCUUGACUUCUGGGCCUAUCCCCUGAACGAAACAGACGCAAAAAACCUAAACGAAAAAUUGCGUGAUCUAUAUUCAGGAGAUGAUAGUGCCAUCGAUUUUUUCAGCGAUUAUGACUUUACCAGUGGAAUUUUGACAAGCUCUAAGUUAAUGCUUCAAAACGGUGUACAAUUGUAUCUUUAUAAUUUCGCUUAUAACGGAAAUAUGAAUUUCUUAAAAAUAUUGUUUGAUUUAAAGCUACAAGGAGCUGCACACGGUGACGAUACGGCUUAUAUCAUAUAUAUGCCGAGCUUGAUUAACGAAAAGGUCAAUGACGAGGACUUCUUAAUCAGUAAGAGAUUAACAAAGAUGUGGACCGAUUUUGCCAAAACGCAAAAUCCAACACCUACUGAAACUGAACUGACACCUAUUGUAUGGCCACUCUUCGAUUUAAAGGAACAAAAGUAUUUAACUAUUGAUAGAGAAUUAAAAUUGAAAAAUCAUUACUCACCGACGAGAAUGGCUGUCUUUGAAGAGAUAUAUGAGAAGUAUCAAAAAUAAGGUUAUUACAUA